AUGGAUUUGAGCAUGGCUCCGGCGAACACGUUCUGCAGCGCCAUGGAGAACGCAGUCGAGUUCUGCUCCCCUUGUGCUGACGUGGCAUUCUGUGCCUCGGCGGACGUGGCAUUUGACGUCUCUGCUGACGUGGCGUCUGGUGUCUCCGCUGGCGUGGGUCUUGCUGCCUCCACGCCCUCACGCCCACACUCUCUGGAUUGGCACUCUCGAGCGCCCUCUGCUGGCGGCGAUGAGCCUUCCUCCUCCAAAGCACCCUCUGGUGCUGAUAAGGCGCCACCCCCUACAGUGCGAUCUGCUGGUGCUGACGUGUCAGCAUCCAGAGCGGACUGUAGAGACGCUGACGUGUCGGAAUCGGCUUUUAAGUCUGACUGGAGUGUGGCGGGUGUGUGCUGGUCCGUGGGCGGUGCUGGUGGAACGCUCCUGCCUGUGGGGGUGGAGGUGGGGGGUUGA